AUGGAGACAGAAGAAUGGAGGUUGCAGUCGGAGCGGCUACCGACGUUGUUCGAAGUGUUGAAUAACCAGACGGCGGCGCCCGUGGACUCAUGGUCAUUCUAUACGUUUCUAUUUCAGUACCCGGGCGCGUUGAACUACAUGGACUUCUGGGUGGAUGUUAUGGCGCACCUACGGCUCUGCAAGGACUAUGUCAAGGGCAUUCGGGAGUCGAUGAUGCUGUUGGAGGUGGAGGAGCAGCAGGGGCGGUCGCGGGGGCGGCCGGCGGGGUCGACGGAGAAGCGGCAGAGCCUCUCGAGCUCCGUGUUGCUUGACGCGUUGUUGAAUGACGGGUACCUCGACUACCACGACAACCGGCGCAUCAGCCAGUUUUUGAAGGGCGAUGGAGAGUCCGCGCGGCUCUCGCAGUUGUUCGAGGGCCGCGGCGGGGACAGCUCCGGAGAGAAGGCGCCCACCGAGGAGCCACACUUGUCGCUGAUGCUCGACGAGUUUCUCGUGCGGCAGAUGAAGGAGUCGCAGCGGCCCAAGCUCACCACGAAGCAGCUCGUGGCGAGCGCAAACACAAUUGUCGACCGCUACUUGGUGUCGAAGGACAGCAUGCGGUCGGAGCGACUGUUAACGACGGUGCCGGAGCACAUGCGGCUCGAGGUCAUCAAUCUGGUGAAGGGUGAGCAAAGAUACGACCCGGACGUGUUUGAGCCGCUCAAGAUUAUCUCAUUCCAGUUCCUCGAGAUCUAUUGCUUCCCGAAAUUCUUGUCCUCCGUUGCGCUACACAAUUUGCACUACGACAUUUCACUAUCACAGAAGGCCAGUCGCUCCCCGUAUUCGCAAUGCACGACCUUGGCUCGGGUAGCAACGGGAUUUUUCUUCUGGGCAGUGGGCUUCUGGGUCGGCUACUCCCUAAUCUUCCUCGACUACCCCCGCCGCGUCCGCACUGUCACGCUAGUACCCUUUUUGAUCGGUUCCUACUACAUUGUGUGUGGCGUCUACCAUCUCGACAUUAUCUACGCUGUCUGCGGUGUCACUCAGACCCUGAUUUCCCCACGCAGGUACGAAGAACCGGAGCUCGGUCUUGACCAGAAACAAAACAGCGCUACCAAGGUACCCUUUUUUUUCACAUUUCUAGGUGGCCGCAAGCGCUUGACCAAGGUGCGGCAUCCAUUCGUCCUAAACAUUAUGCGGAAGCGCGCGUUAUGGUGCCUUUUCCUCGUAAUUGUCACUACGGCCGUCCUAACCGUCAUAUUCACAGCCGUUCCCUCUGUAAGACUCUAA